AUGACGGUGGUGAAGACUCGCGUUAUUGACACAGCGGUGACCAACCGUUCGUUGCUGGGUUCACCGAUUGCCCAACUUCCACCAGAGCUGCUCAUCGAGGUGUUUACCCUAUGUGCCGUGGCCGACGCGCUGUCGCCACUCGCCUUGGGCAGCGUCUGUCGAUUCUGGAAGGAGGUCGUCGAUUUCUCACCUCGAAUAUGGCAGGUCAUCACCUUGGACGACAGAGUCGGCUCUGUUGCGUUUGCGCAACGACAAGCCAGCCUUUGGUUAGCGCGCUCAGCUCCCCUUCCUUUCGACGUCAACCUCCAUGCGUCCUCCCCAGAUGUAUUGUUCCCUCUUCUCUCCCCAUGCCUUCCCGAAAUUCGUCGUUGGCACUGUUUCACGCUCUCAGGUCACCGCCAGGAAUCAGUCAGUCUAACUGAUCUGGAUAUCAAAUCCAUGGACCGCCUGUACAUCGUUAUUCGUUCGGACGACGGAGAUUUCGAAGUUACAGAGCUACCUCGGACUACCUUCCUGGAGCAUUCGCCUAUGUGGCCGGGCGACGCGGUUAUGAAUGUAUGGAUGACAGGUCUGCCCCCAUCUCGUUCCUUGUUGCCUCUUCAUUUCACGACAAUCACUAUCGUCGAUACGUCCUUCCAAAUCCACCUUACAGCGUCGGCCAUCCUCAACUUCCUGGGUGCCUGUCCCGAGCUUCGCACUCUGGAUUUUGAGGCGUAUAUUUAUUCCGAUGAGCGAGACAGCCUACCGUCGCCUACGGUCUCACUUCCACAUCUUUCAUCUCUGUCUUUAAAGUCAACCAGCCUUACCCGAGCUAUCCUAUCAGCUAUCAAUGCUCCCAAUCUCAGCGAACUAUAUCUGUCUUACCUAAACGUGGAUUUUAACAUCCUGAUAGAGGGAUAUGACAAUGGAGAUAGCGAAGAUGAGGCCAACGAUUUCUCCCGAUCACCAUCUAGUGAUCAUGCAACUGGGAUGGGUCUUCGAAAGCUCAUCUCACGCUGUAAUCCGCCCAUCAGAAUUUUGGAAAUGGACUACAGCGAUAUGCGGACGAAGGAUUUUUUGUACGUCUUCGACCGCCUCACCACACUCGAGGACUUUGUUAUCGUGGCAUCAGAUAUGUCAGAUACUGUCAUCAGACAUCUUCGCCCUUUCUGGGCCAACAAUCACACAGAGAUGCAGGUUCGCUUGCCACUGCUACAACGCCUCGUCCUCCUCCAUUGUCACAGACUGACCGGUGAUAUCUUGGUCGAUGUCAUAAACUCUCGUGUCCAGUAUACGGACAGCCUUUCAUCGCCUGCUAUUCUGUCCGAAGUGACGGUGUCUGAAUGUGAAGGAUUCACGGACCGACAUGCGCAACUUCUCAGAAAGGAGCUUGGGAACCGGUUUAAAGACGAAUAA